UUUCCGGAAGUGCCCGCCCUGCCUCCCUCCCUCUCAUCAGCUGAGCACUCCUGUCACGGGUCUGACACUGGCUGGCUGGCUGGCUGGCGUGGGCUUCACCGCUGCUUUCCUCCACAAAACCCCUACAAAAGCAGGCAUGUAAAAGCCACAAUUGGUGCGGUUUUACAGGCGGUGACACUCAAGUCCGUUUGUGAGGAUGACCCUGAUUCCGGUUGUGCCGGAGAACCACAGCCAUGUGCUGGCGGAGUUUGACUGCCUUGAUCCCCUUCUCUCUGCUCUACGGCUGGACUCGGGCAGGCUGAAGUGUACUUGCUUGGCAGUAUCUAGAAAGUGGCUGGCACUGGGGACAUCAGCUGGAGGCCUGCACCUUAUUCAGAAGGAGGGCUGGAAACAGAAGCUGAUUCUUACUCAUAAGGAGGGAUCCAUCACUCAUGUGGCCUGCUGCCCCCACGAUGAAGAUUUUAUUGCUGUUGCAACAAGUCAGGGUCUGGUGGUGGUGUGGGAGCUGCAGUUUGAGCGGCGAGGUCGUCCAGAGAGAGUCGGUGUGUCGUGGGAGCACAGAGGUCAGAACAUCACGGCACUCUGCUGGGACAGCAGUACGCUCCGAGUCUUUGUGGGAGACUCUGGAGGAAAAGUGACGUCUCUGCGGGCAGGAUCCUCUAAACUUGGCAAGGGCUCGGCAUUUGUCAUCUUCCCCGUGCAGACGGUCACCACUGUGGACUCCAGAGUAGUUCAGCUUGGAUACCAAGAUGGCCGUCUGCUGGUGUCUUCCUUAAGUCGCUGUUACCUCGCUGACACAGAGAGGGAGAAAUUCUGGCGUGUGGGAAAUAAAGAGCGUGACGGGGAGUACGGCGCCUGUUUUUACUCGCACAACAAGGGGUUGUUAGGCCAGUCUCCUCUGCUGUACUGCGCCCGACCAGGUUCCAGAAUAUGGGAGGCUAAUUUUAAUGGAGAAGUUCUAAGUACCCAUCAGUUCAAACAAUUACUGGCAUGUCCUCCACUUCCUCUCAUCACUUACAGAGAAGAGCCGCGCUACAAUCCAGAGCUGAGGACUCCACAGUCAUUGGCAUUUCCUAAACUGCUUCACUUUGGAGACCAAAACCUGUUGACCUGGACAGAUUCAGCUAUUUAUGUCUUCACACCUCAGAAUGGACAAGUACUGCUGUGGACUGAAGUCAAAGAUUUGUUGGAUAUUGCAGUCUACCGAGGCGAGCUCUUCUGUCUCCAUGGAAGCGGGCGUCUCUCGCACUUGUCUUUGCUGUCUGCGGAUCGCUGUGUUGAGCGUUUGCUCCGCAGGGAGUCCUGGAUUCUUGCUGCAACCGUCACCUGUAUGUUCCAGCACAUGGUCACCAUGAGCAGGGCCAGGAAGUCCAUUCCCAUCGACCGCCUAGAACACCUGAAGUCUCAGCUCAGUCCCAGCACACACCCGGAGCUGAUUGGCCAGCUGGAGGAAGUCAUCACAAAGUUGGAGCCUCUAGACUCCGCCUCCAGCAGCCGCAGAAGCAGCAUCUCCUCCCAUGAGAGUUUCAAUGUCCUGGAUUGUGGAAUCUACCGUGUGAUCAGCCGCAGAGGAAGUCAGUCGGAUGAGGAGACGAGCUCCCUCAUGAAUCAGUCCAUGAGUGAAGAGGAGCGGCUCAAAGAGUUCAAUUUUGUGCCAGAAGAGGAUCAGCCAGAUCAUGAUCCACAGAGCAGUGAGCGCUCGGAGGCCGACCGAUCAGAGCAAAGUCUGCCGUUUCAUCUCCCACUGUCAUUCCGCUCCAAACCUCCUCGCAUUGCACUGCAGGCCGUCAAAGACAGCGUCUCUAGUUUUGUCAAGAAGACAACGGAGAAGAUCAACACCCUCCAGAUGAACUCUGAGCUCUUUCAGCGCCCUGAGUUUAAGGAGAGCGCACAAGCAGAAGCAUCAGCCAUCGUCACUUCAUACUCAGAUGAAGUGGAGAAUGAAGUUUGUGAUGAAAUAUCGAAUAAGGAGACCGACAUGCAAGAACUUUGGUCAGCUACCGAGCGAACUUUCUCAGAAAUACAAGAUCCUUUGGUGCUACUAGAUCCAGUCCUCCUGGCAGAAGAACUGCUGGAGUGGCUGUUGGUCCUCGAGCGUAUCUUAGGACCUUCUGACCUCGGAUCAGCUGCUGUGAGUGAAUCAAACCAGGAUGGAGUAGAGCUGAGCAGAAGCAGCAGUUUAAACCUCCUAGAGCAAGGAAAACCUUCAGAGACUGUUACAGUGCAGAGGAGAGAGUCUUCUGAGCUUGAAGAAAAAGUGGACCAGUGUGAGACUUUAGACUUCAGUGAGGAAAUCCUUGUAUGUGGGAGCCCUCCAGAGACUCUCCGCGUGACGCCGCCUGUCCCCAUCCCAUCGGAGCUUCUAUCCAAACUCACUGAGUUAGCGACUCUUUACACUGAGCUGAGCUACUUUAAAAAGCAGAAGGAAGGACUGGAGUGUAACACGUUUCUGCGACACUAUUUCUUUCUGCUGGACCACGAGCGAGUGCGGAGAAUGUGUCUGCUGUGUUAUCAGGAGCAGCCUGAAGUGAGGAGCUCCUUCAUGGAGGCCAUGCUAGAGCUCACUCAGACCAGUAAGGUGGUGGAGGUGAUUCAGAAAGGGGAUUUGUUCAAAUCUCUGCGCAGUCUGAGAGAAAUGCAGCCGUGGAAAGCUCCUCUUUUGCUCGCUCAUUUACACAGGCUGUAUGAAAAGCACGAGGAGGCAGCUGUACGCUCCUUUUCCCAGUUCUACCCAACUGUAACACCUGCUGACGUUGUGGCUAUGGCUGAGCAAAGCCACUUCCUGGCAUACCUGGAUAAUCUGGUACAGUCCAGACCUGAGGAGAACAGAUUAAACUUCUUGCAGUCCCUUCUUGAACCUGAAUCCCUGAGAGAGGAUUGGCUGGAGCUUGCUCUUACCCACGAUGCACCUAAACACUGUGACACCCUGACUAAUGAUGGACAGCCAAGGUGGCACUCGCACUGUUUUCCUUGGGGUUAUGGAAGACUUCUGUCUCUGCUGAUCCACCUGCCUGCAGACUAUUCCUCCAAGCAGAAAAUGGCUGAAAUGUGCCGGAGUCAUGGGUACUGGACUGGAUACCUCCAUCUCUGCAAGGAACUGCAGCGCCGUUCUGAAGCCUUUUCAACCAUCUGUCAGCUGGACGACAUCACUCUGCUGGAGGAACCUGAUGGUGUUGAACCCCACACUAUGGAUGAAUGGAAGCUGCUGAUCCAGCUGUCUCAGCAGCACAACAACAUCGCAGCUAAUUCCCAGCAGGCCUCAGAUGUGAACGGAAGCAGCUGGCCAGACUGUCCCGCAGACUGCGAGGGAAAGAUCAGCCCCGAAAGUCUCACCCUCAUGCUGGCUCGCACAGCCGGCCCCGACCGUGCGCUGUCGAUGCUGGAGGAAUGCGGAGUCCAGCUGGUCCUUUCUCCUCACUCCAAGCUGGUGUGUGAGCUGCUGAGGGUCACAGAGAAGAGGCAGAGGGCGAUGAUCCAGACCAUGCUGGAGCGCUGUGACCGCUUCCUCUGGUCUCAACAUGCCUAAUAACUCAUAAACUUAAAAAAGCUUCAACUAACACAUCAUGGAAGUUAUUUCUUAUUCUUCUUCAAGCAUGAAAUAAUUUAUUAAUUCAGUGAUGCCUUUAAAGCCAGUUGAAAAGAAGCCAUGUAUUUAACGACAGUAUUAAGUUCUAUUUGACUUUCCUGUAUUCUUUUUUUUUUUUUAACAAGAACACUGGUUUUAAGCACUAACCUUGAAACAUUUAUCUUUAUGAACAAAGACCAAACAAAUUCCUAAGUCUAAGAUUGUAUCGAUGUGUGAAAUGUCCUAAUAUUGUAUGUUUAAAUAAAAGUCUCUAAAUAAAA